CUCUCUAUUUGUACAUCAGCAUGGUCUUUUGCCAGGUUUUAUUUGGGAUUCUUCUUUUUGCUUAUGUUCCCAAUUUGCAAUCUCAUCCGGGUUACAACCUGCUGCAAGAUGAAUCCCUCGAUAAUGUUGAAUAUGAAGCACUUCCUGGAGGAGAACAUGUAUGUCCUGAGAGGAGUGCCAGUAUACUUUCCAGCAUAUAUUUUGGAUGGAUGACUCCACUUAUGCGGCUGGGAUAUAAGAAACCUAUUACUGAAAAGGAUGUUUCGAAGUUAGAUACUUGGGACCAGACUGAGACUCUGACAGAAAAGUUCUCAUCUGCUGCUUUCCUUGGAUUUUCUUCUGCUAGUAUUUACAUUACUGUAUUGUACAUAUUUCAACUGGAUGACACUAAAGGGAUGGUUUGA